AAUUGAUUAAUAAAAUCAAUUCAAUUCAUCUCUACUGUUAUAUCAAGCGUUGAGACCUCUAUUUGUUUACACUAUAAUUGCAACACAUGUUUGUUGUAAAGUCUAUGAUAUUUAUUGAUAAUUGUUUACUCAAGAGAUCGGAUCCAGUCAUUGAUACGAUGGAAGUUCCGCCCAAUCACUGUCCGGGCAUUGAGUCGUCAAACGCGGGCAAAGUAGACGCGUGUGAGGGCUGUCCAAACCGAGGUCUAUGCGCUUCGGGAGAGGCGAAGACAGGACCUGAUCCUGUUGUGACCGAAAUCGCCGACCGACUAAAGACUAUCAAACAUAUUGUAUUAGUUAUGUCCGGAAAGGGAGGCGUUGGUAAAAGUACGGUAUCGACACUAUUGGCCAGAUAUCUGGCUAAAGAUAAGACAAUUAAUGUUGGUUUACUCGAUAUUGACAUUUGCGGGCCAUCGAUACCAAAGACAAUGGGAGUCGAAGGCGAAGAAGUCCACCAAUCAAUGUCCGGUUGGUCACCGAUUUAUGUGACGGACAACUUAUCUGUMAUGUCUUGCGGUUUCUUAUUGGGUUCGGCUGACGAUGCGGUCAUAUGGAGGGGACCGAAGAAGAAUACAAUAAUUAAACAGUUUCUCAAUGAUGUAGACUGGGAUCAACUCGAGUAUCUCGUUGUGGACACACCUCCCGGCACUUCAGAUGAACAUUUAUCUGUUGUGUCAUAUCUGAAAAAAUGUUCAAAUCUUAAGGGAGUCAUAAUAGUGACGACACCUCAAGAGGUGGCACUAAUGGAUGUGAGAAAGCAAAUAGAUUUUUGUGAAAGAGUUGGUCUGAAAGUGUUGGGAGUCAUCCAAAAUAUGACCACUUUUUUCUGUCCCAACUGUUCUAAAGAGUCGACUAUUUUUAAGCAUUCAAAGAAUGGAAUGCAAGCGUUGCUCGAAAAGGAAAUUCCAGUUUUGGGAACUUUACCUUUGGAUCCAUUGAUUGGUAAAUCUUGUGAUGAGGCCAUCGAUAUGUUUGAAGAUAAUCAGUCAAAAACUAUUAAAAAUUUUGAAAUAAUUGGAAAUAAAUUAAUAGAAAUAUUAAAUAAGUCUAAUACGGAUUAG